AUAAAUAAAGGAAAAAAAUAUUUGUCCCCGGCUCGAGAUUGUCCUUUAAAUGUAAACAAACCAACCUGGCGGCUCGGGUGAUGCCUCCCGUCUUCAUCAACUCUUCAUUAUAGUCGAUUUACCCGUUUAUUUUGACAUUUAGUUGUGUAGCGGAGGAGAGGCAACGGAGGGAAGAUGUUCGGGUUCGCUGUUCUCGGCAUGUCCUGUCUGAAGCUGCUCCUGGUCCCUGCCUAUCGGUCCACGGAUUUUGAGGUUCACCGUAACUGGUUGGCGGUGACCCACAGUCUGCCGCUGGACCGCUGGUAUGUGGACCAGACCUCGCCCUGGACCCUGGACUACCCACCUCUCUUUGCCUGGUUUGAGUUCCUGCUGGCAAAGGCUGCUCGGUUCUUCGAUGCCGCCAUGCUGGACGUAAACAACCUCAACUACGCCUCGCCCAUGACAGUCCUGUUCCAGAGACUGUCCGUGAUUGUGACUGACCUGGUCUAUGCUUAUGGCUGCAAACUGUGUGGAGAGGAGGUGGGCAGGGCGGCUGGUAUUAUUAGUGGCGGUGGCGGUGCAAGCAAGAAGUUAUCAUCGUCAGCAGCGGGGGCGGCCGUCGGGGUGGUUCUCCUGACCAACGCCGGGCUCCUCCUGGUUGACCACAUACACUUCCAGUACAACGGUUUUCUCUUCGGCAUUCUCUUCAUCUCCAUUGCUAGAGUGUUGCAGAGAAGGGAUAUCGAGGCUGCCUUCUGGUUCACCAUUCUCCUCAACCUCAAGCACAUCUACAUCUACCUCGCCCCGGCUUACUUCAUCUACCUCCUCCGCUCCUACGUCCUCCUCGGCCCCGCCUCGCCCCGCCCCACUUCGCGUCUCGGCCAAAUCUUCCGCCUCGUCAAACUUGGGGUGAUUGUCCUUGGGGUAUUUGGGCUGUCCUUUGGCCCCUUCGUUCUCCGAGGACAGCUGGUGCAGGUGUUGACUCGGCUGUUCCCCUUCCGCCGAGGUCUGAGUCAUGCCUACUGGGCCCCAAACUUCUGGGCGCUGUAUAACUUUGCCGAUAAACUUCUUGUUAUUGCUGGAGGGCGGCUGGGGUGGAAUGUGGCUCGACAGGGUGCGGCCAGCAUGACGGGUGGGCUGGUGCAGGAGUACAGCCACACCGUGCUACCCUCCGUGUCCCCACCCGUUGCUAUGAUCUUAACCGGCCUUUCCAUGCUGCCCUGUCUGGUGAUGCUGUGGCGCUCACCCAACAGUCCGUGGCAGUUUGUUCGUGCGUUGGUGCUGUGUGGGUUCAGCUCCUUCAUGUUCGGCUGGCACGUACAUGAGAAGGCUGUGCUGAUGAUGGUGCUGCCCCUAGGUCUGCUGUGCCUGGUGCGGAAGGCCGAGGCGCAGGUGUUCUGGUUCCUGAGUGUGGUGGGUCAUUUCUCACUCUUCCCACUGUUCUUUACACCCCAGGAGGCGCCCAUCAAGGUUCUAGCGCUGUUGCUCCACGCUCUCUUCACACUCCAAGUCCUGAGGGGGCAGUGGGGUCCGUCUCUGUGUAACGCAAUGGAGUGCCUCUUCCUACUGGGCCUGCUGCCGCUGUUCCUGCUCCUGGAGGCUGGGCCGGGGCGCUUAGGGCUAGGGGAGGGGCUGCCGUUCCUUCCCCUGAUGGCUGUGUCGGUGUACUGUGCCCUCGGAGUGAUGUAUAGCUGGGUGAAGUUUUCGUACCUGGUGCUCGCCGGACAGCGGAAGGUGAAGAGGAAGACUAACUGAGGUGGUGGAGUGUGUGUGUGCAUGUAUGGUGAUGAUGUUUGGUGUAAGGGGAUGAGGAAAACUUAACUGAGGUGGUGGAGAGUGUGUGUGUGUAUAUGUGUGGUAGUAUGUGUUGGUGAGGGUGUGCAUGUGUGGUGAAUUUAGAUGGUAUGUAAAUGUGGAUGAAUUUGUGAUGUCUGUGGUGGUGAGUAAGUGACCAUUGAGGAGGUGGGUGGGUGUGGUGAUGAACUGAGAUGGUGUUUGGUGGUGAGGAUGUGUGAAUGUGGUGAUGAACUGGUGAUAUCCGUGGUGGUGAGUGAGUGACCAUUGAGGAGGUGGGUGGGUGUGGUGAUGAACUGAGAUGGUGUUUGGUGGUGAGUAUGUGUGAAUGUGGUGAUGAACUGGUGAUAUCCGUGGUGGUGAGUGAGUGACCAAUGAGAUGAACUAACUUACAUUCCAUCGCCGCUGUGUCCUCUGCCAGCCAUCAAAUGAAUAAUUAAAACGUUCUUGUUACAGAUUUAAUCAUUUAUACUUUAUACUUCUCACCCUUAACAAAUGACAGCCAAAUAAAGACAUAAGGAAAAUGAUCUUGUUACAUAUAUAGUUAAUCUGUUUAUCAUUCAUCCUUAACACAUGACAGCCAGUGGAUAAGACUUUGGUCAUAUUACAAGACAGUUUCGUUUCUCACAUAAGCUAUUUUUAAAGUGCAAAGAGAGGGUCAGUUGGGUUCUAAUGAGUGUUUCUUGAGGAAGGGUCACACUACCACCAGGGUCAUAAAACUACUACUGGAAAUGCC